AUGUUUAACCCAGACAUUAACGAUUACCAAUUGACUUCAAUAAUAUCGGAAUGCUGCGGCGGUAUCGCUGUUGUUUACUCCGCAGUGCAUAAGCCAGAUAACCAGACUGUUGCUAUUAAGAGGUACUUUGUGGACAAAUCGAAGGAAAAAGCCACAUUAAUACAGCAAGAUAUCUUAACAAGAAGGGAGUUGCAACACCCAAACAUUCUACCAUACUUAACAUCAUUUGUGCACGGCCAGGAGUUGUAUGUGGUAUCUCCUCUAAUGGAGCUGGGAUCCUGUCGAGAUAUCUUGGAUAGAUACUUUCAGGAAGGUCUGCCAGAGCUAGCCUGUGCCAUCAUACUGAGGGAUGUUUUGUUGGCUCUUCAGUAUUUGCAUAUACAGUUUUAUGUACAUAGGAGUGUCCGUGCAAGUCAUGUACUGUUGGACACACAGGGUAACGUCUGCUUAUCAGGGCUGCGAAGUGCAGCCAGCAUGAUGGUGCGCGGCCGAAGACAGAAACAAUUGCAUAGCUUACCACCUCCAGACCAUGACAAUGCCAAUCUCAUGUGGUUGAGCCCGGAAUUAUUGGAACAGAAUCUCAAAGGAUAUGAUGAACAAUCCGAUAUCUAUUCACUGGGUGUGCUCUGCUGUGAAUUGGCCAAUGGGGCUGUCCCAUUUGCAGAAGUUCCCACCACACUAAUGUUCACUGAGAAGGUGAGGGGUAAUCGACCACAGCUGCUGGACUGCUCAUCAUUCCCUGAACCUUUGGAUGACGGAGAAAUGAAAAGUAUGUACAAUACAGACAGCGGUGUGGGAGAUAGCGCAGAAGGCAUGUGCCGAGUUCGAUUAGUCUAUGCCCGGCGCAAACUAUCGGACACUUUCCAUAGACUAACAGACAGCGCAUUACAUAGAGACCCAGACAAGCGGCCGUCAGCCACUCAACUUCUCAACCAUCCGUUCUUCAAGCAGAUCAGGCGAGGUGAUUACUUGCCUGGUCUCAUUGGUAGAGUCAAACCGAUCCAGCCUGACCAAAGUGAUAUAUCAGCUUUAUUAUUGGAAGAAAAAUUAUCGGACAUGGAUAUCGAAAAAACCACCGAGUGGGACUUUUAG